AUGGCUGCAGGGACCGACUACCCAUCUCCACUUUCCAUGUUAGAUGGCAGCCACAGAAAGGAGAACGUUACUGUUACAAAAGAAGAGAAAUCACUUACUUUUGAGAGCUUAAAGCAACCGAACAUGGGCAAACCUCCUCGGCACCUCUCAGCUAUGAGGUAUUGUGUGAGCUCUGCCCAGUUGGCUCCUGCAACUGAAGUGGAGUCGGAUGUUGGGAUUGUUAGCUCAAAGUCCUCAUCAGAUAGUAACUCUGCAUUUGUACCUGUUUUUCGCUCUGGAAGCUGUUCAGAGAUCGGUCCAAAACCUUAUAUGGAGGAUGAGCAUAUCUGUAUAGACAAUAUUUUCGAACAUCUAGGUGCCACUGCGAACUUUCCUUCUCCUGGAGCUUUCUAUGGGGUUUUUGAUGGCCAUGGUGGUACAGAUGCAGCUUCUUUUAUCAGAGAGAACAUUUUGAGGUUUAUAGUUGAGGAUUCACAUUUCCCCUUUUGUGCCAAGAAGGCUAUUAAGAGUGCUUUCCUAAACGCUGACCAUGCUUUUGCUGAUACUGGUUCUCUUGAUAGUUCCUCUGGUACCACUGCACUUACUGCCCUCAUAUCUGGAAGGACGAUGCUAAUUGCCAAUGCCGGGGACUGCCGAGCUGUGCUGGGAAGAAGAGGUAGGGCAGUUGAGCUUUCCAAAGACCAUAAACCCAAUUGUGCCUCAGAAAGAGUAAGAAUUGAGAAAUUGGGAGGUGUGGUUUAUGAUGGCUACCUUAACGGUCAAUUAUCGGUGGCACGAGCUCUUGGAGAUUGGCACAUGAAAGGCUCCAAAGGUUCCUCUUGUCCCUUAAGUGCAGAGCCGGAGCUUGAGGAGACAACUCUGAGUGAGGAAGAUGAAUUCUUGAUCCUAGGCUGUGAUGGGCUGUGGGAUGUGAUGAGCAGCCAAUGCGCAGUUACAAUUGCAAGGAAAGAAUUAAUGCUUCACAAUGAUCCUGAGAGAUGCUCAAGAGAGCUGGUUAGGGAGGCACUCAAGCGCAAUACCUGCGACAACCUGACAGUAGUUGUGGUAUGCUUCUCCUCAGACCCACCACCUUUGCUUGAGAUCCCGAAAUUGAAAUUCAAAAGGAGUAUAUCAGCAGAAGGUCUGAAUCUUCUGCAGGAAGUACUAGAUAGUAAAUCAUGA